GAGGCCUCUGCCUUGAACAUUUCCAAGUGACGUAGAACCCACAGACCCAGAGGCCCCUCUGUGCUUCCUGUGUGGUGUUCAGAAACCCGCCUCCCCUCUCAACCUCAGGUGCCUGCUUCAGAAAAUGAAGUAAUAAGCCGACUCUUCACCAUCGUAGUCGAGUGAGCAUCCAGUGAGAGAAGGAUGCAAUCGAGCACUCUCUGGAAAGUUCUGGGACUCUGCCUCCUAUCAGUUGGUGCUUGGGGGCAAGAAGAUAAUGAAGAAACUGAUGACCUGACCCAGAAGCAAUACAAAGUCUCCAUCUCAGGAACUGAUGUGGUGCUAACGUGUCCUCCGAUGGUGCAGGGACAAAUACAUUGGGAAAAGAAUGGCCAACAAAUAACUGAUGAAAAUGAGGAACAACUAUUCCUGAAGAAUUUUUCAGAAAUGGAGAACAGUGGUUAUUAUGCGUGCUACGCAAACGCCCAGGACAAGAGGAACCAUUAUCUCUACCUGAGAGCUAGGGUGUGUGAGAACUGCAUAGAGGUGGAUCUGGCGGCGGUUGUCACUAUCGUCAUAGUCGACAUCCUCUUUACUCUGGGUUUGCUGAUGCUGGUGUAUUGCUGGAGCAAGAAUAGAAAGGCCAAAUCCAAACCUGUGACACGUGGAGCAGGUGCUGGUGGCAGGCCCAGGGGGCAAAAGAAGGAGAGGCCACCACCUGUUCCCAACCCGGACUACGAGCCUAUCCGGAAAGGCCAGCGGGACCUGUAUUCCGGCCUGAAUCAGAGAGGAGUCUGACUGCUCUGGAGGAUUGCCUAUGUCUGCCUCUCCCUGGGCACUCUGCAGUUCCUUGUUCCCUGGACAAGUUUUGGACCCCACAAGAGAAUUGUUCCUCAGUCCCACAGAGAACUCACAAAAUCCUGCAGACUUGUCCCUGGCACGCUCCUUCCUGCCAUCUCUACCUGUUGCCCGGUUCUAGGAUUUUGCUGCUUCGUUGUCCUUUGAAACAUCACGGCUAGUCAGCCUGCCCUCUUGUCAGGAUAUUUAUUUCUGUUAUUCACUCCCUGCCAAUUCCUCCCUUCCUCCCCACCCCACACAGAUAUUUCUGCCUUCAAUUCCCUCCUUCCUCUGCAUAAAAUUGUCCCUCAUCCUGUAAUCCCAGCAGCU